AUGUCGCAGCGCCUCACCCAUAUCCUGCGUCACGUGUCCGCGCCGACAUCGCCGCUCCUCCGUGCUUCCGCUUCGGCUUCGGCUUCGGCUCCUGCUUCUCCUUUCUCGGCGUCUGCUCGCCCCGACUUCGCUUCGGCUCGCAACAGCUUGACGGCGGCGCGGCCGACACUCUCCGCCAUGGCCGAGCUCUCCACAGCGGCCCGCAACCACUCCAAGCCCAUCCACACAGCGGCCUGUCUCAUCAUCGGCGAUGAGGUUCUGGGCGGCAAGACAAAAGAUACCAACUCUGCAUAUGUAGCAAAAUGGUGCUUCUCGUUAGGAAUUUCAUUGAAGCGUGUCGAGGUGAUUGAGGACGAUGAAAGCCAGAUCAUCGAGGCCGUCCGGCGCAUGAGCGACAACUAUGACUUUGUCGUGACGAGUGGCGGCAUUGGGCCGACACACGACGACAUUACGUACCCGUCCAUCGCCAAGGCGUUCGGCCUCGAGAUCAAGCUCUACGACGAGGCCUACCGCCGCAUGCGGGAGAUUUCCAUUGCCCGCCCGCGGCCCAACCAGCCCGUCGUCGACUGGGACGUCGACUCGCCCGCCCUGCGCGCGCGCCUGCGCAUGGUCGAGCUGCCCACCGACCCGGCCAUCCCCGCCGAGACGCAGUUUGUCUUCCCCCGCGAGGACCUGUGGGUCCCCGUCUGUGUCGUCAACGGCAACGUCCACAUCCUGCCGGGCGUGCCCCGGCUCUUUGAGAUGCUGCUCGACAACCUGACGCCGCUGCUGCUGCCAAGGCUCGAGGGCCGCCAGAUUGCGCGCGUGCUCAUCUCGACACCCCUGCCCGAGAGCGUCGUGGCGCCGUACCUCACCGCGCUGGCCGCGCGCGUCGAGCCGCAGGGCGUCAAGGUCGGUAGCUAUCCGCGCUGGGAGCGGAAGCGCAACACGGUGACGCUGGUAGGCAAGGACGCGGCGCUGCUGGAGAGUCUCGUGGCGGAGGUGGUGGAGAAUGUGCAGGGACGGCGGAUCUCGGUCGAGGGCGAGGACGACGAGUCGGGGGACGAGACGUAG